AUGGCACGACCUCGCAAGCACUGGAUCGUAACCCGCACAAGCGAAUACACGCCUAAUGGCGUCCUUCAGGUUGGCCAAAUCCUGGCAGACCCUUUCGAUCCUGCCAGUGCCCUCCAUCCAGGUGGCCCGCUCCGGGUUCCUCCCGGCGUGACCAUCGAGCAUUCCGUGGCUAGAGACGUCACGAUCUCGCAAGCACAUGAAGCAUCGGCCGUGUUCGAGAUUCAUUGCAGGCUGAGUGGUGUCCUAGCCGGCCUGGGCAGUGACACAACCAUGCAAAACGCCCAGGGCCAGAACUUUCAAUUCCAAGAAGUGCUCACCAGAAUCAUAACACCUUCUAAUGAGUACGUUGACCAGUCUUUGCGCCACGGCGACGUCCCGAGAAAACUGAAAGGCCGCCUGCCGCACAUCGGGAGGCUAUACAUGGUCACUGGUGUGCGCGUGGCAAAGGGCGCGUGGAUGAGGAGUGCCUCUACGCAAAAUGUGACGGCUUCUGCCAAUGCCAAUCUGGAUUUGGCGGGCUCCUCUGUCCCAGUCCAGUUGGGAGUGAACGCUGAAGCCGGUCGGAGGACUUCUGAACACAAUCAGCUUACCCCUGUAUCGGAUCAUGUAUAUGCAUAUCGACUGCACAGGAUCUUUUACUUUGGGACAAGCACAACGAAGCCCCGGCCAUACCUCCAGGGACACGUCUGCUCAUAUGACGACAAGCUACAGGCCCAAACAUACGCAUCAGACAGUGAAGCAGAAGGCGAUUAUGACGACUUUGAGCUAAUGUAUCUCGAUGAGAGGGACUAUGAUGGCGAGGACGACGAAAAUGUUGCCGAGGUGGCUGUGCCAGGAUUUAGUUAUGUCUUUGUGUUGACGGGUGAACGUCAAGUUUGA